AUGACCGAAGACUCUACUCUUGUUUUGUCAAAGGUGUCUGCUUUAAAUGAGGCAGUUACAGGAAGUGUGAAGUCAGUUUUCAGAGCUUGGGAGCAGCGCCUGAAUUCUUCAGAGGGUCACUUGGAAAGCAACGAGGGUGAUCCUGAGUUGAUUGUUUUCAUCCCAUUUACAUCAGAUGUUAAGCUCAAGAGCAUUUCAGUUGUCGGAGGUGCUGAUGGAACCAGUCCUUCCAAGAUGAGAGCGUUCAUCAAUCGAGAUGGUAUUGACUUCUCUGAUGCUCAAAGUAUGCAAGCUAUUCAGGAGUGGGAUUUGGCAGAAAAUUUGCAAGGCAUUUUAGAAUACCAGACAAGAUAUUCUAGGUUUCAAAGUGUGGGAAAUCUGACACUGCAUUUCCCUGACAAUUUUGGUGGUGACACAACUCAAAUACAAUACAUUGGCUUAAAAGGUGAAGCUACGCAGCUGAAGAGGAAUGCUGUCACAACAAUUGUUUAUGAAAUUAUGCCAAAUCCUUCUGACCACAAGACACAUGCUGAAGGUGGAGGGGGCCUUUCACACGUGGACUGA